AUGGCACCUUGUCCCCAAUGGGACGAGCUGCUCUUCCUGCGCGUGGCCGCGGGGGCACGGGUGCCCGAGCUGGAGAAAGGCACGGUCCGCAUCAAGCACCCGGCGCGGGUGGCGGGGAUCAUCCAGGCCAUGAAGGAGCAGGGGACGCACAAGCUGCAGGUCAUUUCCGACUUCGACAUGACGCUGAGCAGGUUCGGCUGCAACGGCAGGCGCUGCCCCACUUCGCACAAUAUCCUGGAUGACAGCCGUGUUGUUAGUGAAGAGGGCAGGAGGCAGCUGAAGGAUCUGCUGCACUAUUACUAUCCCAUCGAAAUUGAUCCCAACCGGACCCUGGAGGAGAAACGGCCCCUCAUGGUGGAGUGGUGGAGCAAGGCCCAUGCCCUGCUGUCGCAGCAGAAGAUCCUGAAGGGCGACAUACCCCAGAUUGUCCGGGAAUCCGACGUGAUGCUGAGGGAUGGAUUCGAUGAAUUAUUCAACCAGCUGCAUAAAUACAAUGUGCCCCUGUUCAUCUUCUCUGCUGGCGUGGGGGACAUCCUCGAAGAAAUUAUCCGUCAGGCCAAUGUUUUCCACCCAAAUGUCAAUGUGGUCUCCAACUACAUGGACUUCGAUGAUAAUGGAGUCCUCAGGUGUUUCAAGGCACCUCUCAUCCACACCUACAACAAGAACAACUCCGUGCUGCGGGGCACGGAGUAUUUCCAGCAGCUGAGCGCUCGGACGAGCAUCAUCCUGCUCGGAGACUCCAUGGGCGACCUGACAAUGGCAGACGGUGUCCCCAGCGUGGAGAACAUCCUCAAGAUUGGCUUUCUCAAUGACAAGGUGGAGGAGCGGAGGGGGAAGUACCUGGACGCCUACGACGUGGUGCUGGAGAGCGACGAGACGCUCGACGUGGUCAACGGGAUCCGCCGCUACGUCCUCACGGAGACCCCUGGGAGCCCAGGUCAGCGACGCGGCUGCAUUUUGGCGUCGGAAUCGGAUUGGGUUUCCCUCCGGCCCUGA